GAUUGUUUCAAUUGCCACAAUGUUUUGUGCCAGGGCCACCUGGAGCCUAUCCUUCAUCUUGUUGUUUGUCUUUGCUGCUUCUAUAUCGAUCAAACCCUUCUCCAAAGAAAGUGAUUUAGAUGCCAGCAACCAAGGGAAAGAUAUUUUAGAAAUCAAUUUAGCUGCUGGUCUGGAUCUCUUUGAAGGAGACAUCUUAUUACCAGAAAACCGAAAUGGACUGAGAGAUCCAACAACAAGAUGGAAAUUCCCCAUUCCUUACAUUCUGGCUGAUAAUCUGGGACUGAAUGCUAAAGGAGUCAUUCUUUAUGCCUUUGAAAUGUUCCGUCUCAAGUCCUGUGUGGAUUUCAAGCCCUAUGAAGGAGAAGACACUUACAUCAUAUUUCAGGAAUUUGAUGGGUGCUGGUCUAUGGUUGGAGAUCAACACACAGGGCAGAAUCUUUCCAUUGGUUCAGGCUGUGACUACAAGGCUAUUGUUGAGCAUGAACUACUGCAUGCAUUGGGAUUUUAUCAUGAGCAGUCAAGGUCGGACCGGGAUGAUUAUGUGAACAUUUGGUGGGAUGAAGUUAUUCCAGGUUAUGAGCACAACUUUGUUACCUACAACGACAGCUACAUAACUGACCUCAAUACUCCCUAUGACUAUGAAUCUCUGAUGCAUUAUGCUCCAUUCUCUUUUAAUAAAAAUGAAAGCGUGCCCACCGUCACGGCCAAGAUCCCUGCAUUUGACGACAUCAUCGGGCAGCGACUUGAUUUCAGCACCAUUGAUUUAGAGAGGCUUAAUCGCAUGUACAAUUGCACUGCAACUCAUACCCUUUUGGACCAGUGCACUUUUGAGAAACAAAACAUCUGUGGCAUGAUCCAGGGAACUAGAGAUGAUGCUGAUUGGAUUCAUGAGAGAGGGGAUGGUCCUGGAAAAGAAGAUCAUACUCUGGUUGGACGAUGCAAAGAGGCAGGUUACUUCAUGUACUUCAACACCAGUUAUGGGCAGACAGAAGAAGCUGCUCUUCUGGAGUCAAGGAUUCUUUAUCCCAAGAGGAAGCAGCAGUGCCUCCAGUUUUACUACAAGAUGACAGGAAGCCCCUUAGACAGACUCGUUGUCUGGGUCAAGAGGGAUGACAGCACUGGCAAUGUCCGCAAGUUGGUCAAGAUACAAACAUUCCAAGGUGAUAAUGAAUAUGGCUGGAAAAUUGGUCAUGUGACCCUCAGAGAGGAAGUUAAGUUCCGCUAUCUCUUCCAAGGCACAAAGGGAGAUCCCCAGAACUCUGCUGGGGGUAUUUUCCUGGAUGACAUCACUCUGACUGAAACACCAUGCCCUAGAGGUGUCUGGAUGGUUCGGAACUUUUCUCAUCUCCUUCAGACCACAGUGAAAGGAGAUAUGGUCUUUAGCCCUCGAUUCUACAGCUCAGAGGGAUAUGGUUAUGGGGUGACCUUAUACCCCCAUGGCAGAAAUGGUACCAGCCGCUCUGGCUAUGUUGGACUUGCUUUUCAACUCUACAGUGGGGAGAAUGAUGCUAUCUUGGAAUGGCCAGUGGAAAAUAGGCAGGCCAUCAUGACAAUUGUUGAUAAUGAUCCCGAUGCUAAGAAGAGAAUGUCAUCCAGCAUGGUGUUCACCACCUCUAAGGAUCAUAUAUCUCCAGACAUAAAUUAUUCUAACAUUUGGGACAGACCGUCCAUUGUGGGGAAAUAUGAGCAGAGUUGUAACUGCUUCAGAGGCAUCUCUUGGGGCUGGAGCGCCAUCAUUUCUCAUGUGCAGCUACAAAAGCGGAAUUUCAUUAAAGAUGACACACUUGUUAUUUUUGUGGAUUUUGAAGAUAUCACCCACCUUAAUCAGACUGAAGUUCCUGUCACCAGCACGAGAAAGAGCUCCUCAGGUCUGAUUCUCCAAAGCCAAGGGCUUCAAACAUCCCAAGAAGAUUCCCACACAGCGACAUUAGAAGGCCAGCCUAGCAACCUACAGAGGCAAACACGGUCUGUAGAGAACACGGGCCCGUUGGAGGAUCACAACUGGCCGCAGUACUUCAGAGACCCGUGUGAACCAAACCCUUGUCAGAAUGAAGGCAUCUGUGUGAACGUGAAAGGAAUGGCAAGCUGCAGGUGUGCCUCUGGACAUGCCUUCUUUUACACUGGAGAACGAUGUCAGGCUAUGCAGGUUCAUGGAAGUAUCUUGGGAAUGAUGAUUGGAGGAGUUGCUGGGACUAUUGUGUUGAGUAUUGUCAUCAUCUCCAUGAUGUCCCAAAGGAGAUCAAUGUGAGCAGACUAUUGAGAUCCCUGGAGUACUUACCCUAUAACCACUUUUCCUUUUCUUCUUUUAGUACAGACUAAGUGACGUAUUACGAUCUUCCUCCUAAAUUGACAUGCUCCAUGUUUCUUGCUUUUUAAUUCCCUCAUUUGAGUACAGUACUAAAUGAUUUAGAAAUUAUUUGGCUCUUAUUACAAGUUACAAAAGGAAGUUCCAUCAGGUGAAUUCAACCAUGAAUUUUAAAAUCUCCUGUGUCUUUCUCAGCAAUAGUUGAAGUCUUUAAUAAUAAUAAUAGUGACUGACAUUAUAUAGUGCUUUAAGAUUUACAAAACACUUUUACAUAUGGUAUCCCAUUUGAUCUUCACAUCAACUCUGCAGGGUAGUUACUAUUAUAUUCCAUAUUUACAGAUGAGGAAACUAAGGUAGACAGAGCUUAAGUGAUUUACAAAGAUUUAUAAACCUAAUGUUUGAGACUGAAUUUGAAUUUAGGUUUUCCCAAUUCCAGGUUCAGCACUGUAUCCACUAUACCACUUAGUUGGCUUUAAAGGGCCUUCUUAAAGGGCCCUUGUACCGAGUGAUUUAAAAAAAUAAAAUGUUAUUGAUUUUUUUUUA